CGCAGCAUCUCUCCGGCUCAGCUGCACUUUUGCGCCAGACACAAGUAGGGACGUUGUCUUCCUCAGCAAAGUGGAGACAGAAACCACGGGGAUUAUCUACCGGAAGAAGGCUCCUUUAUUAUUAUCAUUAUUUUAUUUUAUUUUCACCUCCUCCCCCCACUACCUCCUUUUUCUUUCCUCCUUAUUUGUUUUUUUUUCUUUACCUGUUUCUAAGCCGCGGAGAUGAACGGCGGCUGCGUCCUUCUGGUGUGCACCUUACUUGUGGGCGCAUCCUCGGGGAGUAGAACAGGCCAGCUGCAGAAGCCUCCUUGUCGACCUGGCUUYUCCCAGAACUUCUACACGGUGAUUAUCUCCAGGGACGUUCUGCACGGACAGAGCAUCCUCAAAGAUACCACCCUGUCCAGCGAGCGUGUGAAGUUUGAGGAUUGCCAGCGGAGCCGAGACGUGGGCUUUGUCAGCAGCGACCCCAACUUCAGUGUGAGGUCCGAUGGGACGGUGUACGCUGAGCAAGAGGUGGCCAACCUCUCCGAGCCGGUGCAGUUCAUGGUGACGGCGCGGGGACUGCACGAUCCCCACAUCUGGGAGACCACCGUGAAGCUGGCCCUAGCUGGACAUCUUCAUCCUUUACCGCUCACAAAGCUCACCUUUGAAGAAAUGCUGUCGAGAGUGUGGGACUCCCAACCCAGAGUUAUCAAGUUUUCUCGAAAACAUCAGAGAGGCUCCUCCGCCAACGGGCUGAGGCGACAGAAGAGAGACUGGGUCAUCCCUCCCAUCAAUGUGCCUGAAAACUCCCGAGGACCCUUCCCUCACAUGCUUGUCAGGAUCCGCUCAGAUCAGGACAAGGAUGUCGGCAUCCGCUACAGCAUCACCGGAGCGGGCGCCGAUCAGCCGCCGAGCGGAAUCUACAACAUCGAUCCCAUCAGCGGCAACAUGUUCGUCACCCAACCCCUGGACAGAGAGGAGAGAGCAUCCUUCCACCUGCGAGCUCAUGCAGUGGACAUGAAUGGAAACCAAGUGGAGAAUCCAAUAGAUCUGUACAUCUAUGUGAUCGACAUGAACGACAACAGACCCGAGUUCCAAAACCAGGUUUAUAACGGCUCUGUGGCUGAAGGCUCCAAACCAGGCUCCUCCGUGAUGCAGGUGACGGCCACCGACUCCGAUGACUCCACCACCGCCAAUGGCAUGGUGCGCUACCGCAUCCUGUCGCAGACCCCCCACAGUCCCAUCCCCAACAUGUUCACCAUCAACAGCGAGACUGGAGACAUCUUUACAGUGGCUGCAGGCCUGGACAGAGAGAAAGUGUCCCAGUACACCAUCAUCGUGCAGGCCACUGACAUGGAAGGCAACUUGAACUUUGGACUCUCCAACACAGCCACCGCACUCAUUUCCAUUACCGACAUCAACGACAACCCCCCAGAACUCACAGUYAGGACGUUUUCAGGGGAGGUUCCGGAGAACAAGGUGAACGUGGUGGUCACCAACCUGACGGUGGUGGACAGAGAUCAGCCCCACAGCCCCAACUGGAACGCYGUCUACCGCAUCGUCAGCGGAGACCCUUCUGCUCACUUCACCGUCCGCACCAAUCCCAUCACUAACGAGGGCAUGCUGACGGUGAUUAAGCCGGUGGAUUUUGAGAUGAAUCGUGCCUUCAUGCUGACUGUGGUGGUGUCCAACCAGGCCCAUCUGGCGAGCGGCAUUCAGUCCUCCCUUCAGUCCACGGCAGGAGUCACCAUCUCUGUUCAGGACGUGAACGAGCCGCCCGUCUUCCCCGCCAAUCCCAAGAUGAUCCGUUUUGAGGAGGGCGUGCCGGCGGGGACCACUCUGACYGUGUUUGCUGCCCAAGACCCCGACCACUUCAUCCAUCAGAUUGUCAGAUACUCCAAGUUAUCAGACCCAGCGAACUGGUUGAAGAUCAACAGAACCAAUGGUCAGAUUACCACCAUGGCCCUGCUGGACAGAGAGUCUGUGUAUGUCAAAAACAACAUGUAUGAGGCCACAUUCCUGGCGUACGACAAUGGUAAGUCUGGUUCGCCUCAAGCCAGCGGGACAGGGACGCUCCAGAUUUACCUGAUCGACGUGAACGACAACGCGCCAGUCCUGAUUCCCCGGGAGGCCCAGAUCUGCGAGCGAGCACGCCCCAACUCUAGGAUCAACAUCACGGCUUCAGACGCUGACAUCGAGCCCAACAUCGGGCCCUUUGUCUUCGAGCUGCCUUCUUUCCCCGCCAGCAUCCGCCGCAACUGGACUGUUUCGAGACUGAACGGUGACUACGCUCAGCUCAGACUAAGGAUUCCGUACCUGGAGGCGGGCAUGUACGAGAUCCCAGUCAUUGUGUCAGACUCAGGGAACCCCCCUCUGUCCAACCGCUCUUUAAUCAGAAUCAAAGUGUGUCCCUGUGACAAUAACGGUGACUGCAGCGCCACAGGGGCCGUGGCGGCUGCCGGUCUCGGCACCGGAGCCAUCAUAGCCAUCCUCAUCUGCAUAAUCAUACUGCUCAGCAUGGUUCUGCUGUUCGUGGUGUGGAUGAAGCGCAGGGAGAAGGAGCGGCAGGCGAAGCCCCUGCUGAUCGACCCCGAGGACGACGUCAGGGACAACAUCCUGAAGUAUGACGAGGAGGGAGGAGGAGAGGAGGAUCAGGACUACGACCUGAGUCAGCUGCAGCAGCCAGAGUCUCUGGACCACAUCAUCAGUAAGCCAUCGGGGGUGCGCAGGGUGGAUGAGAGGCCUGUGAUUGCCGAGUCGCAGUACCCUGUCAGACCCAGUCUGCCCCACCCAGGAGACAUAGGAGACUUCAUAAAUGAUGGUCUGAGAGCAGCCGACAACGACCCCACCGCCCCUCCUUACGACUCCCUGCUGGUGUUCGACUACGAGGGCAGCGGCUCGACCGCCGGCUCCGUCAGCUCGCUCAACUCCAGCAGCUCAGGAGACCAGGACUACGACUACCUCAACGACUGGGGUCCUCGCUUCAAGAAGCUGGCAGAUCUCUAUGGGGGCGGAGACGACGACUGAGAGCAGGAGCAGGGG